AAGAUGAUAAAUUGUUGAGUUUUGAGAAGCUGGACAGAUCUUCGCCUGAUUUGUGGCCAGAGAAAAUUCCAGGUGUGACGGAGUAUGAAGUAGGCAGAAGUAUAAAAAGUGUUGGUACACCAAGAUGGCUGGCAGAUUUGGAGAAAGAUGAUAUAAAUCUUUUGCAAGAAUUUGGCAGCCUGACGUUGUCACAACUGAUGGAAAAGGUACGGGGAUUACAAAACUUGGCAUACCAGCUGGGCCUAGAAGAGGCACGGGAGAUGACAAGAGGCAAGUUUCUGAAUAUAUUAGGAAAACCUAAGCCACCCAGAUAA